AUGUCCACCUACCCAACCCCGCCUCCCACGAACUCUCCACCAACACGACGCGACAAAUCCUCCUACGAACCGCAGCCACAACCACAACCACAACCACAACCCUACGAACACAUCAUGCAGCAACCCUACGAGUCCACCGUGCAGCAACCCUACGAACACAGCAUGCAACAACCCCACGAAUCCUACAUACCACCCACGCAAGAAUACUCUGCCCCCCCUCCCCCAGCAACCCCUCCCCCAACCGGCCCCCCCAAAAUCCCAGCCCAGGAUUCCUACUACUACUCCACCUCCCCCCGGCCUCUCCACUACUCACCGCUCAACAAACCACCCACUCCCUACAACGCCUCGCGGCCACGGCCUCGACCUAACUUUAUCCAGCGCUGCCUCCUCAAGAUCGAGCGCUGGAUUAAGAAAUUCAUACGAUGGGCAAAACACCACCCGAUCAUAGCAGGUUUCUUUACCUUCCUGCCCGUGGCGGGCCUGGCGGGCGCUGUAAAGGCAGGGAAGAUGCUCAGGCGAUCUCUCGGGGGCCGGCAGGGGAAGAUAAAAGGGGGAAGUAGAAGCAAGGGAGCGGUGGAUGAGGGAGGGAUCAUGAAACGUUUGGAGAAGGCUUUGUCUUCGUAUGGAUUCCAUGAGUUUAGAGGGUUUGGGGGCACUAAUGGGGGGGCCUUAGAUGGCAUUUUGAAGGUCGUUCAUCUGUUCAUGUAG